CACAGCACUCGUUCUUUUUAUGGCGCCCAUAAUUCACCUGGCCUGUUGAUUCAUCAUCGCCGAGCCAGGCAUCUGGGCAGGCGGGGGCACCUGCUGGGACCCCAAAGCGUCUGUGUGUGUGCGUACAUUGGUUUCAGGUUGGGGUUGGCGGUGGGGGUCACAGUGCUGGGGAUAUAUAACAAAGGAUUGGGAGUCCUCAGAACAUGCAGAAGAAGACUCGUCCUGACCCCCCUGGCAGAACCCCCCAGCGUGUCUUUGAGCAGAGACAGUCCCAGAGACUCCAGCGCUGUCAGACAACAGAAGCAGCAGCAGCAGCAGCAGCAUCAGCAGCAACAGCUCCCUGCAGAGUCAUGGUGUGCCGCCAGAUCCUCCCGUGGGCCCUCCUGCUGGUGGCCUCCGGGCCCCUGUGGGCCCAUCCCAUCACAGACUCGGCUGAGAGGCCCUACUCGGGCCCCGUAUCAGUGGAGGAUCAGGGAGUCGGUAGUCUGGACGAGCUUUCCCUCUCCGAACAAACCUUCCCCCUGCAGGACCCCGCGGGCCUUCGAUACGCCUCCCUGCUGGCCUCGGAGCUCAACAGAGAAGCUAUCAGAGGAACCGGUCUGCUGCCCAGAGGGAUGAAGCGAGAGGUCAUGUUGGAGAAACAAAGUCUCCUUAAUCCCUUCAGUCGUUUACUGGGCAUCAAGAAACAGUUCCGGAAGAGAGGAGGGAACACAGAGUGCUUCUGGAAGUACUGCGUCUAGAACUACUGCGUCUAGUACUACUGCAUCCAGUGCUACUGCUUCGAUAGUGCUACUGAAUCCAGUACUAGUCCAUCUCAUACGUCACUGAGGACAUGGCCUGUGGAUGACUGGGCUUGCACUAAACGAUCGCAUUUGUUUGCACCCACAGAAUCCUCCUGACACACACACACAAACAAACACACAAACACACCUUUAUGAAAAGACACUGUCAUAUGUUUUCAUGAAAACUUUUUGUUAUUUUAUGAAUUUAACAUAAUUUAUUUUCAUUUAUUUAAUUAUGCGUUUGUAUGCACAACUUGCUGUUAAUGUUUGACAAAUGUCCCACAUAAAAAUUCAAA